UGUUCAUCCGCCUUCGGCAGGUAGGAUGAUGUCGCCAACAAUGGGACUACGGCGACCGACAACAGUAGACGGUCUAGUCUGUGCCGUGUGUAGUUUUUUAGGGUGAAACGUGAUGAGUUUAGUUUUGAACGUAGCGUUUCCCUCGAUAGCUGCACCGGACAGGACUGAAGCCCCGUAAAUGUAGCCUAGCAGCCUGCUAGCCAGCCACCAAGAAAGGUAGCCAUUGUUUAAGUUGUUGGCUAGCAUGGCAACGAAAGGUACCGUUAGCAGCGUCGGCUAGACGGGCUUCACUACCGUAUCAUUGCAGAAGAUACUGCUGUGGUCAUCCUGCAGGAUGUGUGAAGGUCAUGAGGCCAGUGAGCAGUGCCUGUCCCCCUCUCCCUCAUCUUGGGUCAUCCCUCCCAUUUCACAAUCUCCCUGAAGUCUCUCUCCCAACCUGCCAAGAUGACCGACAGGAAGGAGCCGCCCUUUUUUAAUGACGACAGCGUGGGGGCUUUUCAUUAUAAGAUCCCUUUCUAUGACACUAUGGAGCUCUACAUAGAGACCCUGACAGGGACCUGUUUUGAGCUGCGUGUGUUACCCUUUGAGGCUGUCAUUUCAGUCAAGGCGAAGAUCCAGAGGCUGGAAGGUAUCCCUGUUGCCCAGCAACAUCUUAUCUGGAACAAUCUGGAGCUGGACGAUGAACAUUGUCUACAUGACUAUGGCAUUGCAGAGGGCUGCACUUUGAAGCUGGUCUUAGCUAUGAGAGGAGGGCCAAUUAACACCAGGAGAGUAACCAUGGAGGAUCCUGUCAAAGAGGUGGCUGACCUGAUGGAGGGCACAAAGGAGGAGGGUUGGGAGAAAAGCGUGGCCAGCAAGCAGGUCACGUUUGUGGUCUAUCGUGAGGGGGACCAGCUAAACUUCUUUCGAGUGGUCGACAGGGGAGAUGGCACCCUGACCCCUCUAUCUGAAUCUCUGAGUGGUGGCUCAGUGUACAAUGUGUACGGAGAGGAGGAGGAGGAUGGAGAGUAUUCUGCAGCUGCGCAGCAGAACCUUGAGAACUCCAUCACCAUGAACAAAAUGAAGCUGCUCAAAGCCAAGAUGGAGGACAUGAACCUCAACAAGAAACCGAAGAAAGCAGCAAAGGUAAAACCACGGCCUCCUGUCAGCCCACAUCCCUGCAGUGGCUCACUAGGACCUUCCAGCACAAGACACCAUCAUCGCCUCUUUCGUUCACUCCCCCAGAUCAGCAAGCCUCGGCAGUCAAAUGCACAACUACCUCCAAUCGCUGACCAUGACACUAUAGACCCCUCCCCGCCUUCCUCUGCUGCAACCUCUGCCCACUUCUCCAUCCCUAGACGACCACCUCCCUCGUUCUCCUCGCCUUCUUGUUAUAUGCUUCAGGAGGAGGAGCCAUGGGAGACAUGCCCACCAUUUGCAAAAAUACGGCCCCCUCCCAAAGUUUCCCGGUUGGACAUUGGCAGCACCAGGUUGAUGAGGGACUGUGUGUGCCCUCAGCUCCCUCCACUGUGUACCAGGGGGCCACCUGAAGCCACCUUUGACCCAGCUGAGACUGCAGGGGAGGCAGUUGGGCUUGGUUCGUUAGAGGAAGCUACUGGGCUGCUGGCGCCAACACAACCUGGAGCUCCAUUUGGAGAAUUGACAGAUCCUCUGAGUCUGAAUGUGUCCACCCAGCCAGAGGGAGGUUGUCGGUCCCUCGAGGUUGGGGCUCAGCACCAAUUGCCCCUCCCCCCGUCCCCCCUUAGUACCUGGACACUUGGGACAAGUGAUACUCUCACCAGCAGAGCUGAUAGGACACAGUUUGGCAAAUCUUUUCAUAUCAACCCUCCCUCUCAAUUACCCGACUCCACCUCACAAUCCACUUCUACCAGACCGCUGCCUCAGCCUUUUGAUUCCACUCUUUCCUGUUUACAGACCAACCUUCAAGCACAAUCCUCCGUACAAGUGAAGCCAGACAACACAUCCCCUCACCCCUCCACCACUUCGUCAACUUAUCCGCCACGCCUUCAUGGUGUUAAAGUUGAGUCACAUGGCAAGAGGCCAGAGCUGAUCUCAAAAAGGGAAGCAAGAGGCAUCACUGAAUUCGCUAACCAAGCCUCUAAGGAGCCACUGGGGCCUUUGAACAGCUCUGAGCUCUUGGCUUCUCUCUCCACAAGGGCUCCAGGCGGCAGCAGCAGCAGCAGCAGGGACAGCCUUGGAGAGAGUCUGGGACUUGCACUGACAUUGCCUCCUGCCACUGCCUCAGGACAGUGCACCCACCGCUCCAGGCUGCCAUCCAUCCCAACUAACAGGAUCCUUAAGGAUGAUCUCAUGAGACAAACAGCAUCGUUGCAUCGAGCAGCAGCCUCUUAUAUGGCCACCAACACACUUGCAUCAGCUGGACGAGUCAUGACCUCAUUCGGGAGAAUAGGCACUCCAACUUACCACCUACCUCCAGUCAAGGCUCCCAUAGGCAGCAAGAAGAAGAGCGCAAAGCACUGCUUCCUCUGUGGCAAGAAGACUGGCCUGGCCACCAGCUACGAGUGCAGGUGUGGUCACAACUUCUGUGCCACGCACCGCUACGCAGAGGCUCAUGACUGCACUUACGACUACAAGAGUGCCGGGCGCCGAUUUCUGCAAGAGACCAACCCUCUUAUCAGUGCUCCCAAGCUGCCUAAGAUCUAGACUCCAAAACCCUCACCUCUCACAAGGGAGGGCAUAAAGAACCACAGGAUAAACUGAGUGAACCGAAGAGGUUUUGCAGUGUCAUUUCUAGCAGAAAGCUUAUUCACCACUGUGUGCUUUUUUUUUUUUAAAUCAGCCAAGUUUGCUUAAAAUUUAGAUAAAAUAAUCUGUAAAGCCAAGUGUGAACAAACAAGACAAGACUGAAAUGGCACAGAACUAAUUAUCACCUCUUGACAAUGUGAAAAUGUUUCUCCUUUUUAUCUGUUACCUUUUUUCUUUUUCCCAUUGUGUAAAAACAAAACAAAACGAAACAAAAAAACCUGUGCAUGUAUGUAAGUAGUUUUUGCUAAAUAUAUCUGCUGCACGUUCAGACAUAUCUAUUUUUAGUUUUGUAAGCCUUUUUUUAAAAAAUAGGACCACUGAUGACUUUUCAUUCGACAAGUCUUUGACAGAUGCACUUUAGAUCUAUCAUAUUUAUACAUUUGACUUUCCUUACUGUGGGGGGGGGGUUAACUUACAUUUCUGUGUUUGUCUUAUGAAGUGUUUACGUUGUCGUCAUCAAGAUUUUUAUAAUCUGCACCUCUAAACAUCUUUCUUACAGAGGCACAUACAUACCGACAUCACUAAUUUAAUCUUAAAAAAGAACAAUACACCCAUUUACUGAUGAAAUACUUAAUAUUUAUUAAUGAGUACUACUUAUUUAAAUUCAAGGUUGGUUUUGAAAUAGCAGCAAUGCAAUGUGUGUAGGUGUGAGUGUCAGUUGUAAUCCAUAUGCCUAUCAAGUAAACUGUAUUAUGAUCGGGGGUGUGGUUAUGGUAUUUGUGUCUACAGUACGGUGGUUGCCAUAAAAAAAUCUUUUUAAAAUUUUUUUUUUUUUUUUUUUUCUUUUUUUAUUACUCAGCUGUCGCAAAAACUUUAAAUGCUGUUGAAGUAUCUACAGGGGUUUGAUCUAAUAAAGUUUCUUCUAAGCGUCUA